AAACAUAAAGAGCACCGACAAUUAAUUUUGGCCAGCUGCCUGGUAUAGCACGAACCACCGCACAUAACGCCACCCAUCACCACGCGCACCAACAUUCCCCACGCUCCAGUCCAAACCCACUCAUAGCGCGUUGACCGUCGGCAGCGCGUCCCUUCAUAAAACCUCCGGUAAAUCUGCUCCCGAAUCAACCCUAACUAACGAUCCUCAUCAUCUCCUUCCUUCAACAAUGCCACAUUGAACAACAAAAUCUACAAAAACCUUAAUAUUAUUAUUAUUCACCAAAAUCUACCAUAUAUUAUAUAUAUUACAUUAUUAUUAAUGUCUCGGCAACAGCACUAUGAAUUUCAACAAUGGUGGAACAAACAGAGAGAAUCUCACAAUUCUGACCUAAUAUUCAACGAUAAAUCUGAACCGUCCAAUUAUGUAACGCUUGAAGUCGGCACUACUACUACUACUACUACUCAUGAUCCAACGGUUGACAGAGAGCGUGUACGCAGUGCUCGACAAAUCAAACACGUAUGGCUCUUGAAACUGAUCCAGAUCGCUAGCUCGCUCGCUUACGUCACCAACGGCGUCGUUUCGGUUGUGAAAACCGCCAACCGUCGGAUCAAAUCCGAUGCGAGUUCUCAACGGUUAUCGUAUCGUGUUGAAACGAGAUUUUAUCGAGUUAUUAAACUGUUUUUGGUGAUUGUUGUGAUUUUGUUAGUUUUUGAGCUGCUUGCGUACUUUAGGGUUGCGGAUUUGGUGGAGUAUGUUUAUGCGCAUUGGAUUGAGAUUAGGGGGAGUUAUUUGGCUCCGGUGUUGCAGAGUUUGACGAAUGUUUGUGUUUUGUUGUUUUUGGUGCAAUCGGUGGAUCGCUUGGUGUUGGUGCUUGGAUGUUUUUGGAUUAAGUUUAGGCGGAUUAAGCCCGUUGCUGCAUUCGAGUAUUGUUCGAGCUCGGAUGUCGAGGAUUAUCCGAUGGUCUUGGUGCAGAUUCCGAUGUGUAACGAGCGGGAGGUCUAUCAGCAAUCAAUUUCGGCAGCAUGCAUCCAAGACUGGCCUCGAGAAAGGAUGCUUGUACAGAUUCUUGAUGAUUCAGACGAUACAACUGUUCAGGCCCUUAUCAAGGCAGAGGUACACAAAUGGCAACAAAGAGGUGUGCAUAUAGUAUACAGACAUCGGCUUAUUCGCACAGGCUACAAGGCAGGGAAUCUAAAAUCAGCUAUGAGUUGUGAUUACGUAAAAGAUUACGAAUUUGUAGCAAUUUUUGAUGCAGACUUUCAACCAGCACCAGAUUUUCUGAAGAAAACCAUCCCUCAUUUUAAAGGGAACGAUGAGUUGGCAUUGGUCCAAACAAGGUGGUCUUUUGUAAACAAGGAUGAAAAUCUACUUACAAGAUUGCAAAACAUAAACUUAACGUUUCACUUCGAGGUUGAACAACAAGUGAACGGUGUUUUCAUCAAUUUCUUUGGUUUUAAUGGAACGGCUGGUGUAUGGAGGAUCAAAGCCCUAGAGGAUUGUGGUGGUUGGUUAGAAAGAACAACCGUUGAAGACAUGGAUAUUGCUGUUCGUGCUCAUCUUUGUGGCUGGAAGUUUAUCUACUUAAACGAUGUCAAAUGUUUGUGUGAGCUCCCGGAGUCGUAUGCAGCUUAUAAGAAGCAGCAGUACAGGUGGCAUUCGGGUCCAAUGCAGCUUUUCCGCUUGUGCUUUAUGGACAUUAUUCGCUCAAAGGUGAGUUUCAUGAAGAAAGUAAAUCUAAUCUUCCUUUUCUUUCUCCUAAGAAAACUCAUUCUUCCAUUCUACUCAUUCACUCUUUUCUGCAUAAUUCUUCCGUUAACAAUGUUCUUACCAGAAGCCCAGUUACCCGCAUGGGUCGUCUGUUACGUCCCGGGAAUCAUGUCGGUUUUAAACAUACUACCCGCACCGCGUUCAUUCCCAUUCAUAGUCCCAUACCUUCUAUUCGAAAACACAAUGUCGGUUACCAAAUUCAAUGCUAUGAUCUCCGGGCUAUUUAAGUUGGGUAGUUCUUACGAAUGGGUAGUAACAAAAAAACUGGGCCGGGCUUCUGAAUCAGACCUUGUAACAUUUGCUGAAUCAGAAGAGGCCCAGGGAGAAAAGAGUAGUAUCCAUAGAUCGUCUUCAGAGUCGGGUCUUUCGGAACUGAGAACGAAAAGUAAAAAUCGCUUGUAUAGGAAGGAACUUGCUCUUGCAUUCAUUUUGUUGACGGCUUCUUUAAGAAGCUUGUUAUCGGCCCAAGGUAUUCACUUCUAUUUCUUAAUGUUUCAAGGAGUUACGUUUUUAGUUGUGGGUCUUGAUUUAAUCGGUGAGCAAGUUAGUUAACGUUCCUCGGUUAGACGUACGUAGUUUGUUGCUACUUUGAAUUCAGAUCCCGAGUUAGUUUGUUUUGAGUCGUAUUUUGUAAUUAUAUAGAUAUAAUAAUUGAGAGCGGUGAGUCGGGAAACAGGAGGGGAAAUGAUAUGAGGAAGUGGUGUUUUGAGUGUAAAAUAGGGAUAGCAGAAAGCUGGACAUUCUUUAUUUGUGUGUAUUAGCAAUAAUGAUAAUAAUUGUAUAACAGGCAGGCAGAUUUAUUUCAAAUAUUAGACCAUUUCUCAGCU